CGGCGCUACGGCUACCGUGUUAAUAAGAAUUGUAUUCUCAUCGCUUGGAAUCAGUGAAUUCGAAUUGUUUCCAACGGUUUUUUUCCUUAAACUAUACAGAGAAGAUAUGGAUACAGAUACGCAUUUACAAGGCAAUUAAUGUUAUUUUGACCCAGGUGUUUGAAUAACCUUAACAGGCUGUUAAUUUUCCUUGUUUGACUCUGCACAACUCUCGGGUGAUUCUGGUUCUGAUUGGGUGGUCCAUGGUAGAUUACAACUGCUCCAACCCCCAAAAAAACCCCCAACAAAACCAUUGAUAUGCUAGAUCAUUAGCUUCCCAAUGCAUUACUGUUCAUAGAUAGGUAUAAUGACAAGGGCAACACAAACAUAUGUACAGUGAGGAGUAAGGUUUCUUUGGUGCCCAAGAUGGAGUGUUUUGUGAGGCCUAAAAACACCAGGAAAAUGUAUGCUACAGCAAUGAACAACAAACCUGCUAGUCCUGUACAUCCCUUGGUGGAGGUUAAAGAUGGUGGCACUGUGAAUUGGCCCAUGAACAUUCAUUCUCUCAGUCCUCUUCCCCUUCCCCUGCCUCUUCCUCAUAAUAGUAAUUCAACAAGCCCUAGCUUAAAAUCUGGUGUCCCACAGCCCAGGUUCUCUCUAUGUUCAAAAGAUGAGAUACUCAGCUGUGCAUUGCAAUCAUUCUCCCACCAAGAGAUCUCCACAGCAUGUAAUUGUUUUAGUCAAGAACAGUGUGUGUAUAAGGGAUUGGACAGAGUUGUUUACAGAGCAUCUCUGAUGGUUGAAGCUACUGUAGCUCAUCUUCUCAACCCCAAGCCAUACAAGGAGUUCGUUAUGGAAGUGAACAGGAUGGCUUCUCUACAACAUCCAUGUCUGUGCAAAUUGAUUGGCUUCCAUGCAGGGGAGAGUGGAGAUCGCAUGGUGGUCUAUGAGAGACUUGCUAAUGGGGGCUUGGAUCAGUUGCUUCUUUAUAGCAGGGCAAAUGGAAAUGGGUCCUCCCCAAUUGAUUGGAGCAACAGAAUGAAAAUUGCUUUUGGUGUGGCCCAGGGUCUUGCAUUUUUACAUGAACAAAGAUCAUUCCAGGUCAUGUACAGUGAGUUCAGGGCUGCAAACGUCCAGAUUGACAAGGAUUUCAAUCCCAAAUUGUCAGACUAUGGAUUUGCUUGUGAAGCCCAAGUCUCCUGCAAUUCAUCUACGACAAUAGGAUAUCUUGCUCCUGAGACUGUAAAGAGAGGGAAUGUGAGUAGAAAGAGCAAUGUGUGGAGCUUUGGGGUAAUGCUGUUGGAGUUGUUAACAGGAGGGCAUCCCAAGGACGAAAGAGAUCUGAUGAAAUGGGCUGUACCCUUUCUAAGUGAGGAGUCGAGGCUCAUUAUGAUAAUGGAUCCCAGAUUGAGUAUAUCAAACAUCUCACUCCAAACAGCCAAGGCAGUAGCAGACUUAGUUCUAAAAUGCCUGAGAGAGGAGCCAUCAGAUCGCCCAACUAUGAGAGCAAUCGUAGAAACCCUCAAGUCUCUUCCAGACAUAAGAUGCUGUGUCUCCCCCAAAUUUCCAUUGAAAGAACCCACCUCCCUAGCUUCAAUAAAACAUGAAGAUUACCAUAUUUAUGAGCAGGCAUCGCCAAAAAGUGCUGGCAUGCUGUAUCAGCCUCGGAAUUGGCCACAAUAUGUAAGGACAACGAACCUCAAGAACCCACCUACUUAUUGUUCAUGAACAUAGGGUUUUUACAGUCCAUGAAAUCAAAGUAAGAAUGCUUUUUGAAAAAAUA